AUGGUAGCUAAGAAGCAAGCAAGGCUAAAAAGCCUUUCAGCUGGUCGUCCGCCAACCGUCAAAUCUUCGCGGUCCAUGUCCCGGAAAGCUAGUAGAAGUCUCAUCAACACGCAUCAUCAGCUGGAGAAGCAGCGACGGCAAGCCGAGGCCAAUGGUGACAAGGUCACUGAAAAUCGUCUUGCUUCAGAACUAUCCAAACUAGGCGGGCUUGAUCACUACCAGAAGGCGAGUCUGCAAGGACAGAGCCUCGAUAGAGGAGGCGACACCUCGAGGGUGCUCCUUGAAUGGCUUCCAGUGGCAGACCUCAAGAAGCGCUCUCAGCCGCUUCGUAUGCUGGAGGUUGGAGCACUAAGUACUCGAAACGCAUGCUCAACAAGUGGUAUAUUUACAAUGCAGCACAUCGACCUCAACAGCCAGGAACCAGGAAUCACAAAGCAAGAUUUCAUGGAGCGGCCUCUGCCCAAGGACGACACCGAGGUUUUCGACAUCAUUUCAUUGAGUCUAGUGCUCAACUUCGUGCCCGAGGCGGAAGGGCGUGGCCAGAUGCUCCUUCGGACGCUAUCUUUUCUUCGAGCUGCAAGCGAGCCUUCAACUACUUCUGACGAGCUGUUCCCCUGCCUUUUUGUGGUUCUCCCUCGCAGCUGCGUGGACAACUCACGAUACUUUACGCAUGCCCGGCUUGAAGAGUUGAUGACGAUCCUUGGCUACGCAUGCACCAAGACCAAGAUGACACAGAAACUGACAUAUUCCCUAUGGAAGAGAAUUGGCACCGUCCCCGACAAACGACCGAACUUUACCAAGAAGGAAGUAAACCCAGGACGUACACGGAAUAACUUUGUCAUGACGCUCAAGGCUUCGACGAGUCAUUCAAACUGA